UCAUUGUAAUGCAGGUAUGUAAAACAAGUCCGGCAAUUUGAUUGGCUGCUACCAAUUUUGGUGGAUGAGCUGAUUCACUGUGUACAAGCGGUUGGCAGAUUCGUCAAGUCAGGAUUUCUGAACGCACAGUAAUAAGUGGACACAAGAGGGCACAAAAGAAUUAACGCUGUGCAGCCUCCAUAUCCAAAGCAUAAAUACAGACAACGUCACAGAGGAUCCCGACUUGGUCAAGUCUUGGCCAUCUCCAAAUUACUUGGCUGUGGACUGAAAUUAAGCACGAAGACUAUGCUAGUGGCCACAGACAGUUCCCAUAGAGCCGGGUGUAAGAUCAAGCCAUAGCCAAGUAAUUCGGACACUGCCCAAAGUCCAAUAAAAUAGAGAAGGAAAAGACAUCAGGCCGGCCAGAAUGUCAGGACCUUUGUCACGUCAUCGGUUAUUGUCGGACAUAUUGGUCGAAGAUGAAGAUACUAUUCCAUGGACCUAUGUCACAACACUGAAUGAAUCCAGCCAUGGCGACUCAUCUACAUACACCUCUUGCUCUGCAGGCAUCUCCAGCAAAAGAAGGAAAUUAUACAGAAAGAGGACUGAUAAUAUCGAAGUCAGACCAACAUCAAUAAGUACUGAGUGUGUGGAAUGGACAGAUGAAGAAGAAUUGAGCCUUUGUCAAGCAGUAUCCAUCUGUCUACAGCAGACGUUAUCUCAGUACAAGUCCUGCUAUCACUUUGACACAGACAUUGAUGUCUCUGAUACAGAGAAUGAUCAAGUCCCUUCACAACUAACAACAAAUAUAACACGGGAAUUACAAAAACUGAGCAUUCCCAGGUUCUUUGCUGAGAGUUUUGUGCCAUUUCAUGAUCUGACAGAUGUGGCUGCCCGAAUCAAAUCUAGCGCUUUCCGUCGCACGUUCCUUGGUUUCUUAAACAGCAAAACCAGGCGGAGUCAGAGCUUGCUUUGCCCAGACAGAGUGAACUUAGUGAAUGCCAGUUGUAAUAAUGAUGAAAGUGUGGAGACAAAGAUUGAAGUGUUGCAGGAUGCACAGAUUACGUUCACCUCCCAACCUGAGAAAUCUUCUCCUGUGAAGGGAAAACCUCAAGUAGUUAAAAGCAAUUGCACACACUCGCCGCCAAAUCUCAUUAAGCAAAGUGGGUGGAGAGGAGAUGAAAGAAAGUCUGCGGAAAGCAACUGCGCUGGCCCGGUGACAGAAAGACAAAAAACUGAUAGAUUGCAAGCAGAACAGAUACUCCAGGAGGAGAAAUGUGAGACAUUUCCAGCACCAAUGCCAUACAGAAGCUCCUCAAGACUGAAGAACAAACAACAGGUACAACUUAGCAACCAUCACAUUGCCAUAGAGGAUGAAAAUGAUGCAUCAUUGUCAAAAAUCGCACAAGAUGAAAGCAAUGUCCAAAAUGUAUCUGAGAGAGGGCUCAGCAGUGUCAAUCCAAAUAGAGUUGCCAAAGUAGACAAACUAAAGAGACACGCACCAAAAGAUAACUGUGGAGCCACUACAAAGGACUGUGGUGAUGAUGCAUUACAAGCACAAAUGUCAUCUGAGCUUGGCAAAGGAGGGAAUCCAAGGCAGAAGAGAAACCAGACAGUUACUGGGUGGGCAGAACCUGCUGAAUUGGAGCAACCAUCAAAUCAAAUACUGGGGAGGUCCGAUACCAAAUGUAGAUGUGAAAUAGCAAACCAUUUAACUGAGGAGAAUGUGCAAGAGGUCAGAACUCUCUCCAGAUUAUUGUCGAACAGUAGUGAGGACAUGGAUAUAAAAGCUACCAGGAGCCCUCCUCAACUGAGUGGAUGUGGCAAGACUCCAUUACUAGCUGCUGUCCAACCACUCAGGAAGUCACAAAAUGACAAUGAGAAGAGAAGCUUUAAGGCAUUCCGAAAGAAGUUUCUGGACAGGUGUCUGGAAGUACAGCACAGCCGGCUUGGUCCAGCAGCCAACACAUCUCACAGGUCCAGUAGAAGUUCAAAUAUUCGUGGCCAUCUUGAUGAGUAUUUGACCAUGCAACAGGUCCAGCAGAGUCGCAAAAGUCUCCUAGAUGCUUGUCUCAUGGCACAGAGGGAGACAAGCUGAGAAAGGAUUGGUCAAGUAUUACACUGAAGCAUCAGUUUGACCAGAAAUCCAACAUUAGUGCAGAGGGAUACAAGCUGAGGAAUGAAUGGCAGCAGCAACCUCAGCUCUUGGCUUUACUAGAAAGCAGCCCUCUGUGGAUACAUGGUCGAACGUUGUUACAGAGGGAUACAAGCUGAGGAAUGAAUGGCAGCAACAACCUCAGCUCUUGGCUUUACUAGAAAGCAGCCCUCUGUGGAUACAUGGUCUAACGUUGUUACAGAGGGAUACAAGCUUAGGAAUGAAUGGCAGCAACAACCUCAGCUCUUGGCUUUACUAGAAAGCAGCCCUCUAUUGAGAUACAUGGUCUAGCCUUGGCACAGAGGGAAACAACCUGAGAAAUGAAUGGCAGCAACAGCUGUCAACCUUUAACCUAUUGGACAGCAGCCGUGCAGACAGUCUUGAUCAAUAUGCCUAAACAUAGUAAAACCCAUGCACUACAGACAAGCACCAAGAUUUCACUUUGAAACAAGAGAUUACAAGUUAGACCUUUGUGGGUGUACCCCCAACACCUCCCAAACACUCUUACCUAAUUACAUAAGCAGCUUUUAUGACGACCGUACUGCCACUAAGCAUAGUUAUCCUCACACAGGCCUUUUAAACUACACAAAAAGUGACCUCCAGUAUUCCAUAAAAACAAUCGCUUUACAGCUAUGGUCAAAUUAUUUUAAAAUAUUUGGUGCUUUCAUUCAUGAUCAACAUUAAACUAUUGCUACAAAUUCAUCCAUCAAACCAGCUAUGGGAACUUGACUUUCAUGAAAGCCCAUCUAUGUGAGCUACCUGUAUGUUGCUAUUUUCUUUAACUUUAUUCCUGCCUAUUUUUGUUUAACGCUGAAUGUAUUAACAGAAACAUAAACUUUGUUAUUUGGUGUUUAAUUUACAUUACCCUAGCACAUUUUAUACUCUGGAAGUUUGUGUUUUGAGAGGUCAAGUGGUACACAUAUCAAAGUCAGGCACAUAUGGGCAAAAGGUCAGUUUUUGAGUUAUCACAACAUAAUAUCAGCCUUAUUAUUUACAGGGGUGGACAUUAACUCAUUAUAAUGUCAGUACAACACAAAUGUACAAUUGUCCAAAGAGGUUCCAACUUGGAUACGGUCUUUGACAAGACCGAUCCUCAAGUUACAAAUGCACGGAAAUGGACGUGAAUGGAAUACACCAAAGAUGGGCAGGCAACACAGUCCGCGCCCAGAAAAUCCAAAAGCCUAGACAUUGAAUGAGCAUUUUUAUUUAAAAGAAUCGAAAUUUCAAAAAUGUGGUUAGAUCAGGUGGGAAAGGGCCAACUCACCCUACAAACCUCGGUAUUUACAAUUUUGGUAUAUUUAUUACUAGUUCCUUUUAUUAACCUUCAGGAAUUUCAGCCAAAUGUGAACAUGAUGAAGAAAGACUAAAAUUAAAAAUACAUGUACAUGUAUGUGUAACCUAAAUUGCAAGACAAAUAUGGCAAAUAGUUGCACCAGGAGGCUGUAAAAUGCACCACAGAGCAUCUGCACUUCAAAACUUUCUAGGGGCCUUUAAGUGGGCCCCAGACCCCAUGCUGUAUAUGCUUCACGCUUCGUGCUGGCAAUUUUAGCUAUUUCUUUUAUGUUCCACUCACCCCCGUGUUAAAAUACUCUUGUGUUUGCCCAAAUUGGGCAUUCUAAAGUGUUGAGUAUUUCCAUUUGAUGUUCAACAGUGAUUCUAGAGUCAAGGAUGACACCACAGCCUGACAUGAUGCUGAGAUUCUGAAUAGGGUGAGACUGUGAGAACCAAGUCAGUAGUACCAAAUAAAAACUAAGGAAAAAAGCUAGACACCGGAAUGGUUGUCUUUCCAGAUAGACUGCUGUGGAUGGAUGCAUUGUACAGGGAGCUGUAAAAUCAAAUUGAGUGAAAAGAUGACUUUGCAAUGUUUCUAGUUGCACGUGUGUGGAUUUCAAAACAUUUGUUUUAAAUAUUUUGAGAUGUUCUCUUGAUUUUCAGGGUAAAAUGCCUAAUUGUUAAAUGUCAUUUAUAAAGUGUUUGAAUAAUACCAGAUACAGCAUACAAUAUAACCGGUUGUAUUGCCCUAUUUGUACCCCCCCCAUUCUACCACCCAGAUCCACCGUAGAAGAGAAGCAUCCAAAAUCUCUGAAUUCAAACUUGUCCACUGACCUAUUGUGCCUGCUAACUCACUUGACCUAUAGUGGGUCUCAACUCAAUAGCAAUGUAUGUUUUGAGUGUUGUUUAUAAGCAAUAAAGCCAAUUUACAGUGUUGUACCCA